AUGAGAGGCAGGUUGCCCUCUAUUGUGGUGGAACCAACUGACAUAAUAGAUGUAGAAAGUGGAGAGUUGCGAUGGCCUCCUGAGUCUGUAAGAAAAGCAAGAGAGGAGGCCGAACUAACAGAGGAAGAUACAGAGAAAGUAGAGACAGAAGACCAGACAGGUGAGACAUGUAAAAUAUUGUGA